GCGUGAGGGAUGCCGGGAGCACAGCCGAGCCGAAAGGGGAAGGACAAGCACAAGGACUCGGGCGGUCCGAAGAGGGUGGCUAGCUCGGCGAGGUGGCGCACGCCGUGAGAGACAGAAGCUGGCAGAUCUGCAAAAAAAAGGCUGCAGCGUGUGCGAGGAAUGAUCAGCGAGAAGUGAAAAAGCCCUGGAGAAAGCCACUCCCGUGGGAGGAGCCGCGGAGGGGCUGCCGCGGCUCGUCAGGGCGGAGAAGCGACCGCGCGCGCGCAGGGUAGUGAGUGGGGAGCUGGGUCCGCACGCCGCGUAGUUGAAGGCAGAGUCGGUGAAAGUGUACCCCACGGUGACACACACACACAACCAAGUUCCAGUGGAUGACCUGUCACCCGCUGAGCUGACGGCGCUUGCCCCACACCUACUCGGUGUCAGGCCCUGGCGUCCCCUUCGCCCAUCUCCUUCGGUCCUGGCUGCCCUCCCCAUCCUGAAUCUCACACCCAGGCUUCGCGGCAUCCCAGAACAAUUUUACUGAGCCAGUUCGGAGCCUCAGCUCCAGUCCCUUCUCCCGGAAGUUAUUAAACCCGAGGCGGAACCGGAAGCCCCUUCAAGUGUUGGUGCCACGUCCGUCGCUGUGUUACCGAGUCCCGGAGUGGGACCCCGGAGGGCACGAUGGCUGAUUGGACUCGCGCUCAGAGUUCUGGUGCUGUGGAGGAGAUUCUAGACCGAGAGAACAAGCGGAUGGCCGACAGCCUGGCUUCCAAGGUUACCAGGCUCAAAUCGUUGGCCUUGGACAUCGACAGGGACACCGAAGACCAGAACCGAUACCUAGACAGCAUGGACUCAGAUUUCACGAGUGUGACUGGCCUGCUCACGGGGAGUGUGAAGCGCUUUUCCACAAUGGCAAGGUCUGGGCGAGACAACCGGAAGCUUCUCUGCGGUAUGGCCGUGGUCUUAAUCGUGGCCUUCUUCAUCCUCUCCUACCUCUUGUCGAGGACAAGGACGUGAACCAAUGGAAGCCAAGGGCAGCCAGGCUCUCCUACCCUGGUGUCCUGGUGUCCUGAAAACCUGACUACGAAAUAGAUUCCCUUGAAAGUAUCAUCAUGGGUCAUUCAUCUUCCUAAGACGGGAUGACUGCAGCUGCCUCUGCCAUAAUGAGCUCAUGCUGGCUUGUCCUGUGUAUGAAGGAGGAAGAAAAAAGGCAAAACCCAACCCUUCUCCCUGGUGCUGGAGUCACUGUUAGAGCCAAAGCCACGCUGUCUAAGAAUGAGCCAGGUCUGAACAAAGCAUCUAUGAGUCCUGAAUGUGCCCACUGUGAUCAACAGCCUCAGAAGCCAGUAUCUAAGGGUCUUCUGUCUAUGCCUGGUUAAGACCGUGUCUGUGUUCUUGAAGCGUCUGGAGCUGACAUCGAAAGGGGAUAUGUCCGUGAGCCCUCUUCAGAUGAAUGUUCGUCAGGAUGAAUAUGGCAGAAACUCCAGGCUGAGGCUGCUGAUCCGGAACAGACCUGUGCAGGCCAAGAGUCAAAGCCAUCCCCAUGAGCCGUCAGCUGAAGGCAGACCCCAGGGAAGAGGCAAAGGUGUGGCUAGAGGAAGUGAACUGCGGCCCUUGUUAUCGGCCGUGGACCUUCUGGGCCACGAGACCAUGUGUCCAGCAGCAGAGAUAUGUGUCCUUGGGAUUGAGAAUCUUCUCAGUGCCAAAGAUGUCACCAUCCCCAGGCAAACAGACUGAGAAAUAGCAUAGUGUGGACUUUCUAAGUCCGGCAGUGCUGAAUGGCCUUUCUGCCAGGAUCCUUAUGAAGCUGAAGGCCACCUAUGGGAGAAUUUGUAGCAGGAACCUCUGACCUUGUACCGAACCUGUGCCCUACCCUGUUCAGCCUGUCUCCCUUGGUGUAGGGGGAAGCUUGAGCCACCUCCUUGUUGCAUAACUCACAGACUUGCACCUCCCUGCUCUCCCAGUCCUCCCUUCCUCCUUGGUCAGUCCCAUUUGCAUACAGCCUGACCUGUGGAGCUGGCAGGGCCAAUGGUUUAUGAGAGCCCAGCACUUUCUGUCUUCACAUAAAAUGCCUUUAA